ACAUCGCAGAACAGCCAAAGGAAGCAACGUUUGAAAAUCCCAAAUAUGAGCGUCGCGUAACAGUGUGAAGGAGGUGGGGUUUCCUCACACAUAAUGUUUAAGCACCAGCUGUGACCCUUGGCACAGUAGAUGGAGAGGCAGUGCCGUUAGCAGCUUAAUAACGUGCCUGACUGUGAGCUCAAUCGCGAGCUCUCUCAAGGCAGCACAGGACAACACAGGAGAGAAGACAGCAGAGCAGAGCAGAGCAGAGCAGAGCAAUGCCUCGCGGUGACACUGUGGACACACAGCUUUCUGUGGCAGUGGAUCAUUCUUUCACAAACAGAAUCACCUAUGUUGAAUUGACUGACUGACCAAAAUCAUGAGCGCAGAGGAGUGGAGAAUUGGGAAGACUGAACGCACCAAUAUGAGUUCCCUCAGUUUGCCUGGAAACAUAAGACGUGGUGGCUCGGAUACAAACCUCAACCUCACUGUGACGGACGGAUUCCUGGACUUUCAAAGAGAGAGACUCAGCGCUGAACAACUCAAGCAAAAGGUGCUGAAGAUCACGGAGCAGAUCAGGAUCGAGCAGGUGACCCGAGAUGACAAUGUGGCCGAGUACCUGAAGCUGGUGAAUAAUGCCGACAAGCAACAGUCCAGGCGCAUCAAACAGGUGUUUGAGAAGAAGAACCAGAAGUCAGCCCACACCAUCACCCAACUGCAGAAGAAACUCGAACACUACCACAAGAAGAUGAAGGAUGUGGAGCAGAACGGACCCAAAACUUCCAAGGAGUCUCUGAAGGACAGCCCGAACAUGGUGAGGGACAUUAACAGCAAUGCCCGGCCUGGGUCCGGGGCUGGUAUCUUGGAGGGAGGGAAAGGGGUGCCAGGGGUCACUCUGACACCCCCCACCUACGUCUUCAACAAGUCCCGGGAGUUCGCCAACCUCAUACGCAACAAGUUUGGCAGCGCUGAUAACAUCUCACACUUGAAGACCUCCUCGAUGGAUGACUUUCGGAGGGAUGGUGGGUCCAGGACAUUGGGUGGAAGUGCCACGCUGGUGUCCAAGGACAAGUACCUGAGCGAUGAGGAUGACGACUGCUCCAAUGGCAGUGCUUCUGGGGACAGUAAUGGCAACUCGGAUUUCGGACUUGCAGCCACAGGAAGCCCCAAGUCAAGCACACUCGAAAGAGAGCAGGGCAAGCUGUCCACCAUAUUUGAUGAACUCAAAGAGAUUAAAGACGCACAAACCCAGCUGUCAGACGAUAUUGAAAAGCUCAAAGUUCAAUUUAAGCGGGAUUACGCCUUGAUUACUCAAGCUUUGCAAGAGGAACGUUACAGAUCCAAGCAUUUGGAAGACCAACUGAAUGAUCUGACGGAGCUUCACCAGCACGAGACGAUCGACCUGAAGCAGGAACUCGCUAGCAUUGAAGAGAAAGUGACUUAUCAAUCUUACGAGAGAGCUCGAGACAUUCAAGAAGCCCUGGAAUCGUGUCAGACUCGAAUCGCCACGUUAGAGCUCCAUCAUCAGCAGCAGCAAGUGGUGCAGAUCGAACACGCCAAUGCCAAGGUCCUCCUCGCCAAGUGCAUCAAUGUCCUGCUGGCCAUCAUGACCGUCAUCCUCGUGUGCGUCUCGACCAUCGCCAAGUUCAGUGUCCCUCUGCUGAAGAGUCGCUUCCACGUACUGUGCACGGUCUGCUCGGUGCUGCUCAUCUUCAUCUUGUGGAAGAAAUGGGAUGACAUUCAGUGUCUUGUUGAGCACAUCAUUGUAUCCAGGUGAUCCUCUGUGUAAUUUUACCAUAUUUAUCCCUUUUUUUAAUGAACGUCACUAUUCCGGAAAUAAAAAAACUUGCAAAAGAUAUUCAGUGACACAAAAAGGUUAUAUGUUCAGCUCCACACGCGUGUGAUUGAUGUCCAAAGGACAGCGUUUUACCAAUAUUUCCACAGAUAUUAAUUUUGUUGUAAGAUACACUCCUGGUUUUAUUGUUACGUC